AUGGGAAUCGAUGAUUGGAGAGUUGAGGGCUUGCUCUUAUGGAAGGCUGGGGUACCGGAGAACGUCCUGCAAAGUGGUUUGGGCAUGAAAUGUGGAAUUGAGUUUGGGUAUGAUUUCGAUGUUGAAAGUGGGAUUGAAGGCGAGGGAAGUGGUAAAAGCAUGCAUGCAGAAGUCUCAGAAUAUGGUAUUGAAGUUAAAAGAUAUUAUUGGUGGCUGCACAAGUUGCAGCUCAGGAGCCACAACCGCAAGAGUGGCGAGAAGCUUCAUUUUAAGCAUGUUAACGAUUUGGCGAAGGACUGGAACAUUCUUAUUGGUGGCCGCAUGAGUGAAAACUUCUGGGGUGUUGUUGAGGGCGAAUAUCUUGCGGUUAGAGACCUCAAUGCUGUUGUACAUCUCCAAAAAAGACGGUUAAGGAAGAAAGAUGAACAUGGUGUGAUUAGAGUCGCAUAUGCUAAGAAAGAUGUUCCUUCAGACGCUGCAGCAGCGGAAUCGACCAGGAGUGGUCUAGAGUCGUUCGCGAGGGAGUCACAGUCUCCCUCGCGGACAGCAGCAUACACAGCUCAGCUACAUAAAUCACGCGGUUUCCGAGACAAUAUUGAGGCCCAUUCAUCCCGUCCCAAUGACCAAAAUUACGGAUCGGCUUCGUCAGACACUAAUCGGAUACCGGAAGAUAAUAGAGUGCGGUCAGUUGCAGGCGAAGAGGAGCCAAUUUGGGAGGAAUGGAUCAAUUUCGAGGAGAGGGGAUGUGAAAGCCCAGGAAGUCCCGACAAGCUUCCAGUAGUGGGCUACAGUCAGUCCCGCACUCCAGAUCCAAGCCCGCUCAAUAUAUCCUCGAAAACAGGGUACAGUUACCCUCCUGGAAUCUCCGACAAUGCUAUAUUAGCCCAAUCGAUGACAGGCCCAACCUGCGACCCGCAGCUGUUACCUACUCUCCGGAUAAGUGAAGUGGUUGGCGAUGGCUCCAGCCCAGAUUUCUCCGGAAUUCAACAACCUCGUCCUCUCCUUGUGGUUCUGGUACUUGUUCCACACCAUCUGGUCGCACCUCCAGCCCAACCAACACCAAUCAGACCUCAGAGGAUGGGUUCGACAAUCGAAACGAAAGCAAAGUCGCAAUUCCACGAAUUAAACCCUCUGCAAAUGGACUACAGUACAGGCGACACAAAUAUCAGCUCGAUCGUGAAGCACGAGAAGCAUACAAAUGCAACCGGCCCGGGUGCCGCAAAAGCUUCACGUGCCUGA